CCCAAAAGGACAGGACCCAGACCAAAACCCAACAAUGUUGUCCUCAACCUCAAAUCUGCUCCUCCGGGUGUGCUCGGUUCUUCUGGUACUUGGCACUGUCGCCGCCACUGACCACAUCGUUGGUGCUAACAAAGGCUGGAACCCUGGCAUCAACUACACCCUUUGGGCGAACAAUCAGACCUUCUAUGUCGGAGACUUCAUCUCCUUCAGGUACCAAAAGACACAAUACAAUGUGUUUGAGGUGAACCGGACCGGGUAUGACAACUGCACAACGGAAGGAGCAUUAGGGAACUGGAGCAAUGGCAAGGAUUUUAUACUUCUGAAUAAGUCCCUGUCCCAGUGGUACUACUUCAUUUGUGGCAAUGGCCAGUGCUUCAAUGGCAUGAAGGUUUCGGUCUUUGUUCAACCCCUGCCUUCCCCCACUGCCUCACCCGUUCCCCACCAUGCAUCAAACAGCACCAGUGCCGCUGGACUGGUUGUGUUGCCGAGGGGUUUGGCUGGUUUAAGGGCUUUGGCUGUGGCAUUAGCUUCGAUUUGGUUUGGAUCUGGGUGGAUCUAGCAGGAGUUUCAGCUCGUUUGUUUAUGCUUUUCUGAAAGAACUGCCUUUUCUUUUUGUAAUUGUUUAGUCAAACUGUGUGGUGUUUCAGUGAUGGAAGUGAUCAACUUGAAUUCCUACUAA